UUAGAGGGAGACUCACCCGGGUCAUUUUUGCUCUCAGCUCGAGCUUUCCAGCGUUGCCUUUGCCUUCACUCCAGCGGCCAUGUCUUGCCGAUCCUAUCGCAUUAGCUCCAGCGGCGGUGGCGUGAGGGGUUUCAGCUCUUCCUCAGCUGUCAUCCCAAGGAAUGUGAAGAGAUACAGAGUUAGCACCAUCUCCUGCCACGGCGGUGGUGUGGGCUACAGAGGGCUAGGACACUUUGGUAGCCGAAGCCUUGGUGGUAUAGCGGCCUGCAAACCCAGAAUAGCUGUCAGGAGCUGUCCUCCUCUUAGAUACGGAUAUGGGUACAGUCUGGGAUAUGGCUAUGGCGCUGCCGGCUUUGGGUACGGAGCUGGUGGUUUCUCUGGUCCUUGUCCACCAAUUGCACCAGUCACCGUCAACGAACAGCUGCUCCAUCCUCUCAAGCUGGAGUUUGACCCUAAUCUUCAGUCUGUGAAAUACCAGGAGAAGGAGGAGAUCAAGACCCUCAACAACAAGUUUGCAUCUUUCAUUGACAAGGUCCGAUUCCUGGAGCAGCAGAACAAGGUGCUGGAGACCAAAUGGAGGUUUCUGCAGGAGCAGAAGCGUUACAAGAGUAACAUCGAGCCCAUGUUCGAAGCUUAUAUCUAUAACCUGAGGCGGCAGCUGGAGGUUUUGGCAGGGGACCGAGCUAAGCUGGAGACAGAACUGAGCAACAUGCAGGAAACUCUGGAGGAUUUCAAGAAAAAAUACGAAGAGGAAACCGGUCAGCGAGCAUGUGCAGAGAAUGAAUUUGUGAUGCUUAAAAAGGACGUGGAUUGUGCCUACAUGAACAAGGCUGAAUUGGAAGCCAAGGUAGAGUCCCUCAUCGAAGAGAUCACCUUCCUGAAGAACUUGUAUGAGGAGGAAAUUGCUCAGCUCCAAGCUUCCAUUUCGGACACUUCCGUCAUUGUGCAAAUGGACAACAGCCGGGCCCUGGACAUGGAUGACAUCAUAGCAGAGGUUAAAGCACAAUACGAGGACAUCGCCAACAGGAGCCGAGCUGAUGCAGAGUCCUGGUACUACAGCAAGUACGAGGAGCUGAGAGAAACUGCUGGGAAACACAGCGACAAUUUGCGUAACACAAAGAACGAGAUAAUGGAGCUGAGCCGGGUGAUUCAAAGACUGAAUGGAGAACUUGAAAAUGCAAAGGCCCAGAGAGGCAAACUGGAAGCAGCCAUAGCAGAAGCUGAGGAACGUGGCGAGAUGGCCCUCAAAGAUGCCAAGUGCAAACUGACUGACCUGGAGGCUGCCCUGCAAAAGGCCAAGCAAGACAUGGCUUGCCAGCUGCGGGAGUACCAGGAGCUGAUGAACGUCAAGCUGGCGCUGGACAUCGAGAUCGCCACCUACCGCAAGCUGCUGGAAGGGGAAGAAUACAGGUUGGGUGGCGAAGGUGUGUGCCCUGUGAACAUCUCUGUCUGCAGAUCCCAGGGGGGGAUUGUGCACGAUACCAACCCCUGCUUUGGAGGCGGAUACACUUCUAGCAGUAGAGCUUUAUUCAGAAGCGGUGGGCUAGUUAGCAGCGGAGGCAUGUGUAGCACUAGUGCUGGAAAAAGCAUCGUUACAGGCGCUGGAGAUAUAUGUGCACCCUGUGUUCCCGCUGACGGAUACAGUGCUGGAAGUGGACGGAGCUCCAAUGUCAAAUUUGUAUCCUCCACCACUUCCUACAGAGCCAAAUACUGAUCAUAAGCACCUAAAGUCCUCACUGCCCUGCCUAAUGAGGGAAACACCAAUCAGUACUCGACCCCUAGGGGAUUUUCUGCAUUGCUAUUUGCCAGGAGCAUUUUUCCUCUCUGCUGUUCUCUUACCUGUGCUGUAGUUUCACAAAGCUGCUUUUCUCACACCUUCCUUUUCCUCCUGGGUUAGGUAGGCCUGGUUAACCCGGCACUGUAAUGCCAUUUGGACUUGGGAGCACAUCGUCAGUACAUCGUACGUACUGACCCAAUCGUUUGUGAACAGAGAUGGCAUAAAAAAAAAUCCUUAGUGAAGAAAGAAAAUCCCCCCCUUUACUAUUCAGAGCUUUUCCUCAAACAGGCAUGGAACAACUGCAAAUGUGAAAUCUCUGGCUUUUCAAUUUCUACCAUGCAUGGCAUCCCAACUGUGUGCACUGGCUCAACCCCUGCAUUGUUUGUGGAGAAGAGCGAGCCACCAAUGUACAGAUUUGAUCUAGUUCAUCAUUUCCUGCUGCUGUUCUAUUCAUUGCAUUUACCUUUAUUUGUAUUCUGUCUUUCCAAUAAACUGAUGGAGCAGGUCA